AUGUUCAUUAAAGAGGACAUAGAUAAAUCUAACGAAGUAUUCUUGGAAAUAGAGUCAUUUUCAGAACAGGUAACACUGUUAUUAACAAGAGCUAGUGAUAAAGUUGAAUUGUUCAAAAAGCAAAAUAAGCAAAUUCUGAAAGUGAAGUCUUCAAAUUGUCUCCUUCAAAGCAGCUGCGAAAUACUUUCUAGCCUUGGUUUAUCAACUGUGUUUCAAACACCAAAAAACGAAAAGGUUUGUUAUAACAGCAAACAACAAAGUUACUAUUACCUAAAGUACCUUGAGCAUUUUUACAACAACUUACCAGAGAACCAAAAUGCAGUUUCUUUUACGGAACUGAAUGUUGCUCAUGAUUCGUAUGGUACACGUGUGCAGACAAUAGACGAAGACUUGUCUGAAUUUUUGAAAACAAUGUCAAAACUCAAAAACACUCUAACUAUAAUAUUUUCUGAUCACGGUAAUACGUACACAAGAUUUGUUUCUAAUUAUAUUGAGGGGCGAUUCGAAAUGUUUCACCCGUCAAUGUUUAUUUUAAUCCCAAAAAAUGUUCAAAAUUAUAUUGGCCUUGAAGAGUUACGAAACUUGCGAGUAAAUCAAAAUAGAUUAUUUACAAUCGUCGAUGUACACAAAAUGUUGUUUUAUUUGGCUGAAAAAGAUGACAAUAAGAAUGCAGAUAAUACCUUUGAAAAAGGUCUUUUAGAACGAGUUUCUGAAAAUAGAAAUUGUGAUGACCUUUCUCUACGGAUGCCUAAUAUAUGCAUUUGUCAAAACAUCUAUUCCAAUGGCAAAAACGAUAGCAAUGCAUUGAUGUUUUUAGAAUUUGCUUUGGGAAAAUUGAACAAUAUAAUUACAAACUCAUCGCAAAACUGUAAACGUCUUACUCCACUUUGGUUUGAAAUUUUUAGUCAAAUUAGAAACGGCGAGUUCACUCUAACUAACUUUGAUAUUUAUACUUUGCCAGGUACAGGAUCAACUAAUGAUGCAGAAAAAUUCAAUAUUGUUGUAAAAUCAACUUUAAACGAACUUUCUGAAAACUUUGGUUUAGAAUUAGUAGCGUGGGAUCGAAUAUCAGAAUUUAAUGGCUACCGCAAAUGCAGCAAUGCAAAGUUUAGUUUUCGGCUGUGCGUAUGUGAUUUAAAAAAUUAUAGUUCAACAAACAGAUUUGACACAAAGAAACUUUACAACUCUAAACGAACAUCAGUAGCGUACACCCUUCUUACACCCUUUCUUCUUACAUUGUAAGCGAAGAAGUUAAUGUAUUAGAGCAAGAAAGUUUAUUUUUAAUUGUGCGAACAUUUGAAGGAUCAAUUGAAAAUGUAGGUCAAUUUUUAGUUGCUGUAACAUUUGAAGUAGAAUCAGUUUCAACUGAAUCAUACUUUAUUAAUAUAAACUUCAAGUCAGUAAUAAAUUUAAGUGUCAUGGCAUUGUGAGUAAAGCAUCAGUAACCUAUUUGUGUACCUAUUCCGUAAUAUGGGCUCAUUCAGAUGCGUGGUUUUAUUAUGAUGCACAUUACAAUCAUGUAUAAGAAAUUUAUUUAUAAUAAUUUAUAUAAUU